UAAAAUAGAAUUAACCCGGUCGCUUCUAACUAAAAUAAGAAAAAUGUUUAUGAUUUCGUAUAUCAAAAAGACGAAAAAAAGUUAAUUCAAUAUGUACGAUACUUCCAAAUCUAGUAGUGCUUUAGAACUAAUCCCAAAUUUCAAAAAGCCACGGUGCUUUCUUAUUGUCCAAUACCAAAAAACAGAAAUUUAAUGGUGUAUACUUUUUUGACAUUGACAGUAAAAUUGUGAACCCAAACUAACCUCAAAUUCUGAUGAAAAAAACUUGAACCCUUUUUUUAUUAAUUAAUUUAUCUAUUUUGCUAAGACCCUCAAAUCGAGUAAAAAACUGUUGAUUAUUAUUUAUUCUACCACACACCAUGUCUCUCACCAGCAAAAUUUUACCAUUAACUUGCCGAGUAAUACCAAUGCUAACCCAAACACGCUGGUCCAGCUUUAAAUCCUCACGUUUCUUAGAAGAUUUGAGCAACACAAGUAGGCAAUAUGAAGUAACAAAAGAUCCAGUUGACUGGGAGUAUGUUCAUCGAGUGUUGCCACAACUUACUAUUCCAGAACCUUUAAAAAAAGAUGUUUACCCGUCAGGUUGGAAACCACAGGCAGAGAACCUUGAAAAUCGCCCAUACUUUGUUGCCCGAACAAGAAAUCAUAUGAUUCCUUGUUAUUUGAAGAUAUCCAAUUUAAAAACUAGAAAGACAACAUUUGUGAGGCGCAUUAAGGGAGAUAUUUGGUUAUUAGAGAAGGAAAUAAAGGAGUUUCUGGCUCCUCAGUUUUUUCAACCGAUUCGAUCUCAAGUAAAUGAGUUUACCGGUGUUAUAAGGAUUAAUGGUGAUUAUGUAAAUGCUAUUAAACACUUUUUGCAGGAAAAGGGGUAUUAAAUGUAUUGUUAGAAAAAGUAUAAUAAAGUUUUGGUUUCAUCAAAGUAACAAAA